AUGUUUCCUUUUGAUCUUUUUACCGCCACAACCUGGACUUUAAUUGCGCUGUUUUUCGGAUUGCUCCUACUGUAUGGCAUGUGGCCUUAUGGACACUUCAAAAACUUGGGGAUCCCAGGACCGAGGCCGUACCCAUUUGUAGGCACGAUGUAUGUCAUGAAAAAGGGAAUGAUUGCCGCUGACCGGGAGUGUCACUCCAAAUAUGGAGAUGUGUGGGGGAUGUUUGAUGGCAGAACGCCGGUGUUGAUGGCGGCUAAUCGCGAGUUUAUCCAAACGGUGAUGGUGAAGUAUUGCACCACGGUGUUCACCAACCGCAGGGACACGCUUGUAUUCGGUGCGCUAACUGAUGCCAUAACAGCCGUGAAAGACGAAAGAUGGAAACGAAUCCGCUCCUCGUUGUCGCCGUGCUUCACCAGCGCAAGAUUGAAGCAGGUGUUCUACCUGGUCACUCGAUCCACCGAGCGACUGGUAGCAAGUCUGGCUAAAAAGGACCUGAGCGAACCUGUGGACAUUAAACAAUUCUUUGGGCCGUACAGUUUGGACGUGGUGACUAGCGCCUCCUUCAGCGUGGACACCGACUCUAUCAACCGACCGGACGACCCUCUCGUUCUGCAUCUCAAGAAAAUUAUGGACUUCAAAUUUUGGCCUAUCAUGUUUUUGCUGCUGUUUCCCUUUCUGGCUAAAGUGUGCAAGUUGGUGAAUUUUGACUUGAUGCCCAAAGCCAGCACUGAUUUUUUCUUCAACAUUAUUAAGAAGUUUAAAGACCAACACCGGGAAGGACAAUUGAGCCACGCGGACUUCCUGCAGGUCAUGAUCCAGAGCGAGAUACCAGAGUCGGAUAUAAAGAGCGAACAUGAGCAACCGAUUAAAGGUCUGACGGAAAAAGAGAUCCUGUCGCAAGCUUUCAUUUUCAUCUUUGGGGGCUACGAAACUACAGCCACCACUCUUACGUACAUCCUGUACAACAUCGCCACCCGCCCGGAAGUCAUGAAGACGCUGCAAGAUGAGAUUGACGCUAACGUUGCCACCGAUGGUUCCAUUUCAUACGAGACCUUGCAGGAAAUGGAGUACUUGGACUGCGUGAUUAACGAGUCACUGCGCGUGGUUCCGCCCGGGCCUCGGCUCGAGCGCAUGUGCAAAAAGACUAUCGAGAUCAACGGCGUCACCGUCCCUGAGGGGACUCUGGUCGUCAUACCUGUGAUGGAGAUUCACAAGGACCCCCGCUAUUGGAAGGACCCGGAGACUUUUCGACCAGAGAGGUUCAACAAAGAACACAUCGAAGAGGUGCAGCCCUAUACUUACCUGCCCUUUGGCUUGGGCCCUCGAAACUGCGUGGGGAUGCGCUACGCUCUCCUCACUGUGAAAAUGGUCCUGGUCCGUUUGCUGCAAAGCUACAACGUGGAAGCGUGCGAGGAGACAAUUGUGCCUCUGGAGUUUAACUGGAAGUUCCAGCCAGUAAAGCCAAUCAAAUUAAAGUUUGUGCCUAGAACCUAG